AUGCCCUCGUCCCCCAAACCCCCCAGCACAACGCACCCCACCACCACCACCAACACCAACACCACCACCACGACCCCCACGCCCACCCCGCUGGAAUCCGACCUCCUCACCCACCUAACCGCGACCCCUGCCCUGGACGACCUACACACAACUCUCCUCUCAAGCCUACAACGGCUCGGCUGGACAGAAAAGAUCCGACGUCUCGCGCAAGAGCUCCUUCGCGGGGGACGAUGCGAGCGGUUCGAGGACGUGUUCGAUGCGGUGGUUGCGUCGGCGGAGGGGAGGGGACAUCCGUUUCUUACUUCUUCGAAUGGCCAUGCCAAUACUAGCACCGACGCCAACAAUCAUAAUAAUGAUAACGAUCAUGAUCGUGAUCAUGAUAAUGGUGGGGAGGAUGGGGAUGGGAAUGGGAGUGGGAGUGGGGAUAAUACAGCAGCGGGUAUUGGGGCCGGGGAUGAGGACGUACGCAUCCCGCAGGUGGUGGUGGAACAAGGAGUGCGGGCGAUCAAGGAGGUGUUGAGGGAGGUGGUUGUUCUGGAGGUGGAGGAUGAGGGGGAUAUUUUGGCGGAGGAGGGACAUGGGAAUCAUACUGGAGGGAAGGAGGAGGGGGGUGGUGGUGGUGGUGGUGAGAAGGAUAAAGAUAAAGAUAGAGAAAAGGACAAGAAGGAGGAGAAGGAGAAGGAGAAAGGGACUGGGAAGUCGGGGAGCACGGCCAGUCCCGGGGUGAAGAAGAAGGUGAAGGCGAAGGGGAAGUAG